AUGAUCCGAUUAAAUGGGUUUAACUUGGGCGGUUCCUCACACCUCCGGCCUCCGGCCAGCGCCCCAGCUCCAGCGUCCGGCUCCGGCCUCCGCCCAGCAGGCAGCAGCGCAGCCGCGCAGGGGAAGCAGCAAGAGCGGGCCAUCCAGGGCAGGGGCGGCGCGCGCGUAUCACCCCUGGCCCCUGCACCAGGCACCAGCGCCGCAGGCCCCCAGCGUACAGCGGCCAGUGCCGCAACGGGCGGCAGGUCGGCAGCCGGCGGCGCGCCGAGUACUGCUCCAUGCUCCAGUGACCAGUGCUCCACCUCGGCCCUUCAAUUCAUGCAAGCCAGCAGCCCAGCGAGCAAGAUGAAGAAGAUGGAUGUUAGCAUAUUUUCAUUGUGGGAGAAAGCUGCAAAGGCCAAAAAAACAGCCUCCACAUCCACACCAAAUGCUGUUGAGAUUGAGAGUAAUGAGAGCAAUAUGCAGUUAGCACUUGUGCCACUGCCAGCGCAGAAUGAUGGUGAAGAAAAUGAUGAAGCUCCCCAGCCGGAUAGAGGCUCCCCAACUCCAAUUGUAGAAGAAACUACAAGUGAUGAAGAGGCUGAGAUGUCUGAAAUUAAAGUAGAUUUGGAAGCGCUUGAGCAUGAUCCUGGGAAGCAGAUUCCUAUAUCAAGAGUUGUAAACUAA